CAAUUCCUCAGAAUUCUUGUAGAAACUAAUCAAUGGUGGUUUUUGCAAGAAAGAAACGAGUUACUGACCCGUUCGAUGAAGAAGCCAAAGCGCGACUCGUUGGCGGCGAUCACCGGCAACUGAGCUACGUCAGCAGCGGGAGUGAACAUUCCGGCGCCGGCGAGUCGCUGAGCCUCUCCGAGCUCGUGCAUGAUUUCCUCGAAGACAACGAUAACUCGGGUGACUCAGCAGUGAACGAUUUUGACUCUGAGCAAGUUGACUCAGUCUCAGAUUGCAUGGACAGGGUGGAUGAUUUACACAAGUUAAUAACAACUUCCAAUGUUUCAGACUCUUAUAAAAGCUUGCUUCACGCGCACGUUUCGGAGGCAGCGGAGAAGUUCGCGUUUUUGAAGGAACGAAGCCUUUCGUUGUACCGACGAAACGUGAUGUCGUUUUUACGUGAGAAGGGGCACAAUGCGGCAAUCUGCAAAACGCAGUGGGAUUCUUCAAGCGGAAUAACCGCGGGCAAUCAUGAGUUUAUCGACGUGGUGCACUCUGGACCGACAACGUGGCAGAAAAGGUACUUCGUGGAGCUUGAUUUCAUGGGCCAGUUCGAGAUAGCUCGGCCCACGAGUAAGUACUCGGAGAUUCUGAGUUAUGUUCCUGGAAUAUUCGUUGGAACGGAAGAGGAGUUGAAACGCAGCGUUCGGGUCUUGUGCGGUGUUGCGAAGCGUUGUUUUAGGAGCAGAGAGUUAACUGUGCCUCCGUGGAGGAAGAACUGGUACAUGCAGAACAAGUGGUUCGCACCAUAUCGGAGAACCACAAACCCGGUUCAGGGAAACCCGGUUCCCACGGUGGUGGCCUCAUUGAACCGUGCCAAAUGUAGGUUGGUGGGGUUCGACGACGCCGUUUCAAAGGCCAGACGCAGCGGUGUGUUUGGUAGUACCAGAUGA